UCGGCCUCUCAUUAGAAGAGAAGCAGGGGCUGUGCCGUCGGCAACUUCACACACCCUGUCUUUCUGUUCCUCUUGCUUGUAUUCUCCAUGAUCCAAAGCCCUUAAUCGUCUCAUCAAUCUGCGGGGUUCUGGUGUGUCUGAAGAUUUGCUCAAAUGUGUGGUUACAUUGCUGAAGUCACAAACUUGUCCCCUAAAGCAACCGAGAAGGAACUUCUUGAUUUCUUUUCUUACUGUGGAUUGGUCGACCACCUCGAUCUCAUUAGACACGAAGAAAGUGCGUGCACGGCCUAUGUAACUUUCAGAGAUGCAUAUUCUUUGGAGACUGCCUUGUUGCUUAGCGGCGCUACGAUCGUCGACCAGACGGUUUGUAUAUCGAUGUGGGGCGUGUAUUUCGACGAACCCGACACUCCCACGUGGAAAACAGAUGGGAAUUAUAGCUCGAUGGUCACUCGCACGGACGCGUUUGCUUCGUCCCCUGGAGAGGCAGUGACCGUGGCUCAAGAGGUGGUGAAGGCAAUGAUAGCGAGAGGAUACGUCCUGGGGAAAGACGUGAUCGUGAAGGCAAAGGCCCUGGACGAGUCUUACAAGCUGACCACAGUGGCCACGGCCAAGUUCGCCGAGCUCAGCCAACGAAUAGGGCUGACUCAGAACAUUCAGUCAAGCAUGGAAGCCAGUAACUAG